CAAGAAAAGUAUAGCGGGAAAGUGCAGGAAACGAAAGUAAAUUAUAGCGAAUUCAGCUGAAAUACUGUAUUUAUUUACCGUAUUCUUUCAGUUCGAACAUGGAGUAUAACUGUAGUGUGAAAACAACCGAUUCCCAGUGUCUGUUAUCGAAUCCCUCAGAAGAGUUUAGUUCAACUGAGAGAUCUUCACCCCAAAUCGUUGAUUGUUGUGAACGUUUUCGAUUAAAAGAUAGAAAUUUUAUGAGACAAUAUGCUCAUUUGUAUUCAGAAAGAUUGGUCACCAUGAGAGCAGGUCUUGAGAAGGCAGCAAAAAAGAAAUGGGGUUCCGAUAUUGUGAUACGAAGGCUGCACGAGUUAAACAGUGAUGAGCCAUCUGUUGUUGUUGGUACACUGUUCAAGCAUAUGGAACUCCAGCCCAGCAUUUUGAAAGAAAUCAGUGAUGAGCAUGGGCUACUUCCUCAGCCACUGACAUCAAAGUACACGAGUGACAAUGACAGACUUAUUUUGGAAGACGAGCUGCAGCGAAUCACUUUGGUCGGAGAGAUGAAGGUUCAAACAUCAGUCACAGGGGUUGUGGUUGCUGUGUAUGGUGUGGAGCCAGAAGAUGAUAAGGGAAAGUUUCAUGUUAAAGAAUUCUGUUAUCAGGAGCUGCCACCACAAGAUCCUUUGCCUGUGAUUGAUGAAGACAAGUACAUAGCGUUUGUGUCGGGCAUAGAGAUAGGCUCCAAAAAGGAGCAGCAGUUCAGCCUACAGAUGUUUGUAGACCUUGUUACGGGUCAGCUAGGAUGUCCAGAGCAGCAGGCCGGUACCGCCAGGAUAGCAGCCGUUGUCGUGGCCGGGAACUCACUCAGUAAAGAAACACAGAACAAGGAUACCCUAACCAAGGCCAAAUACCUGACAAAGAAAACAGUUGCGGGCAGUGUGGAGGCCAUCAAGUCCCUUGAUGAUUGUCUGGUUCAACUGGCAGCAAGUACCGAGGUGAUAAUGAUGCCGGGAGAGUUUGACCCAGCCAAUUUCACAUUGCCCCAGCAACCCCUGCAUCGGUGUAUGUUCCCGCUAGCUUCCCGAUACCCCACCCUCAGAUGUGCUACUAACCCAUAUGAGGCUACAGUAGAGGGCGUCAGGCUGCAGGGCACCUCUGGCCAGCCUGUACACGACAUCUACCGAUACAGUGCCCUUGAUGACGGGCUGGAUAUUCUGGACCUGACCCUCCAGUAUGGACACCUUGCUCCCACUGCCCCUGAUACUUUAGGCUGUUACCCGUACUAUGAUGAUGACCCAUUCAUCAUGAAGCAGUGUCCUCACAUUCUCUUCUCUGGAAAUCAAGCACACUUCAAACAUAAAAUACACAAAGGUUCAGACGGUCAGCAGGUUCUUGUAUUGACAGUUCCACGUUUUUGUGAGACGGGGACAGUAGCCCUUGUCAACUUGCGUACCCUGGAGGCCCUGCCCAUGGUGUUCACGUCUGAGCUUGGCAACGAAAGCAUGGAGAUAGACAGUCCAGGUGCUGAGAAAUAGGGGGCCAACAUUGUUAUUGCUUUCAGCAUAGAAAUGGGGGUGGGGUGAAAAUAGUGUGUGAUGAACAAAUUAUGUCAAUGGUGUUUGAACAAUAUGGUUUUAAAUGAAAAUCGUCUUAUCGAGUGCUGAGUAACAUGAGAGCAUUAUGAUCAUGUUUACAAUAAUCAGGUACAGACCACAUUCUGUUAAUUUACACAUCCUCAGUAAUAGAACGUUGUUAAUUGUGAUAUACAUCAGGCUUUUUUUUCAUUGUAUGAAACUCUUCAUUAAUGGUUUACAAGGAUACUGCAUACUUUUUAUUGUCAUCAUUUUUGUCCUAUGUUAAGUGCUAUAAAUGCCAUGUUUACAUUGCAUUCACGCUCCAAAAUGAAAUAUGUCAAAAUAAAUAAUAGAUAUGAA